CUUAGUUUUGGGUGUCGUUCCCUCGCGAACACUCAGCGGAUGUGUUUUAUAGCGCAGCCAAGAUGGCGUUUCACCGAGUGGAAUAUACUUGUUAGAAAAAGUGCGUGAAAAAAAUGCCGCGGAAAGCUUGAGAGCGACGCGUGCGAACUUAGGUGAAAUUUUGGUGGUAAAGUGAAUUCCCAUAGUUUCGCCAUGCGGCUUAAGUGAAAAGGAAUUGUACGCCGUGGUCAAAACGAUGCGUGCAUUAACCCGAGUGACAAGGCUUGUUCGCUGAUCUUCGGACAUUGCGGAGAACCGUGAUCGUCGAGCGGCGAACAACGACGCUAUGGCGUCUAUCAAACGUGUGUAUGUGUGUGUCAUUAUAUUUAAUCCGUAAUUAACGACUAAUUAAGCAGUCGUAAAUACGGAUGAUUGGUAAAAUUUGACGUGCGGAAGAUACAUGACAACGCCGGUUACAAAACGACGCGACUUCCUGGUGUUAAUCGUCGAGCCGGAUCGGCUUGUCCGAAAACAAACAUUCUGAGCUGCUUUCAUUCUCUCUGUUUGACAGCUCCUACCUUAAAUAACUCAGAACAUUAUGAAUACUUUAACGCAACUACUUCAGUUACGUUAUCCCAAGCUGAGGUGUGCGUUUAUUGUAACCUUCUCAUUAAAUAGUACUGCCCAAUUCGUUACUAUAGGGUUUGUUCGUGAGUUCGAGAAUGUGACUAACUUGAUCUCUCAACAAGUGUGUUUAAUUGCAAGUGCUUAGAAUGAUUCAUAGUUUAUAUACUAUCACAAAGAUCUCCACUCUUUCAAGUCUUCAUUUAUCUUAAUAUUACCUAUCUCAAUACCACUUGUAAAUGCAUGCAAUUUUCUUAUAAACAUUUUUAUAUAUAAAUUCAUUAAUAUUAUUCUCUAUUCUGAUAUUUAAAGAUUUUUUGUUUACUAUUACUACACACUUGUUUUGAUUACUUUUGUGUAACAUAGUUCACGGUGUUUAUCAUAUGGACUUUGUAUGAAAUGCAAAUAUACUUAUUGCAUGUAUGUCUCAUUUAAAGCAAGAGAAGAUAUAAAAUUAUAAAUGAAUAAUUUAAGUGAUGUGCAGAAUAAUAUAAUUUUUAGUGUUAUGCAGAAAAGUGUCAAGACAUUCCAUGAUUUCGUAUGAAAGUUUGCGGAAACACAUUGUGACUUAAUGUACUGUACACAUCAUGUCUAAUAGUUUGGACAGUUUUUUAACACGUAUUGGGGAUGUCACUAUUGAGCGCGUGACUCCUCGUUCAGGUCCUAAAUCUAAUGAAACAGUAAUUUUGAAUGAAACCUCAACAAAUACAAACAUGAAUAAUGUAGAGCCUCAAACAGGAAAUGAUGAAAGUUCAGAAGAAUCUAGUGGUGAAACAUCUGAUGGAGAACAAGAAAAGAAAAAUGAUACGAUACACUCCGAGGAAAUAGAAGAAAUACGUUCUGAAGGUUCAGGGGAUGAUAUGGAUUUAGAUGAAACAAUCGAUUCUCAAAUUGGAGUAAGAAUGGAGUCGGAACGAUUGCAUCAUUCUCAACCCGAAGAGGAUGACGAGGAACCAGUUAAUAUAUUGGAUACUUUACCAUUGGAAGGCGCUCCAAUAGAAGGUCAAGAAGUAUCUGAAGCUGAUUUACUUGGAAAACCAAUUUUGAAGGACAUGGAUGAUGAAGAGAGUAUGGAUCAUGAUGAAAAUGAUAAACAUGAAAAUCAUUCCAUGGAAGAUGAAAGUACUGAGAAUAAUAAAAGGCAUGGAGAGUCAGAGCUUUCCGACACAGCUAAAAAGAAACAAAGAAAAGAUGAUGGUAGUGAAGGAACUGCUUCAGAAUGUGAAUCGAAAGCAGAAAAAAAAUUAGCAAAUAUGAGAAGAAAUAUUCGAGAAGUUAUGGAUGAGACACAGCUCGACGAAGCUACUUUGUCUGCCCAAAGACAAGAAAUGGAACGUCUUCGAAGGGUACAAGAACAACAGAGGAUUAUUCGUGAGGUUCAGAGACAAAUAGCAAUAAAUAGACAGAAUAAUAAGACACAGACAAGAGUAAUAAGUUUAUUACAAGGAAAACAAAAUCAAGCAGGAACUACCAUUUCACAAUCAUCUUCAACAUCAUUUUCAUCUACACCAGUUCGUUUACCAAAUACAGUGCUUCUCAAAGUAAAUUCUGGGUCUGGGACUGGAUCUCAAACUACUUCUAGUAUGCAAACAAGUCAAGUACAAAAAAGAUCAGUAGAAGGAUCUCGUUGGCAAAAGGGGAGGGGUGUUUAUCAAGGAGCACAAACAUCAAUUUCUAGAGUUCCAAAUCGUGUUACUGGUCCUAAUAUGUUGCAACAAAGAAUUCGGAUGAUGACACCUUCUGUGAGCAUAUCACCUGUAGUUCCUAAGAAGGAACCUAUGGAUAGAUCUGAGUAUUAUUCAGAUUCUGAACUAUCCGAUAUAGAAGCUGAAGAAGCAUUACGUGAAAAACAGAUGCAUGCAACUAAAAAGUUAUCUACUGGCACAAAAUCUCAAAAAGCAGCUAAAGGCAAAGAUGUGGUUACAAUAUCUAGUUCUAGUGAUAGUUCUGAUGAUGAUUGUAUAGUUUUAAGUGAUCCAAGUGGGGAAGAAGAAAUAGACAACGAAGACGAUCCAUCCAAUUCUGGUAUGCAUACCAAUGAUAGAUACAACAUUCCAGAUGAACAUGGUAGAGUGUUAAUUAAUGUGGGUCAUCCUGAAACUGAGCCUGAUGUAUUUCUGGCACCACAGGUAGCACGUAUUAUUAAACCUCAUCAGAUUGGUGGUAUUCGCUUUCUAUAUGACAAUAUCGUUGAAAGCAUUGAAAGGUAUAAAACUAGUUCUGGCUUUGGUUGUAUUUUAGCUCAUAGUAUGGGUUUAGGGAAAACUCUUCAAGUUGCUAGCUUUUGUGAUAUUUUUUUUCGAUGCACUACAGCCAAAACAGUUCUUUGUAUCAUGCCUAUUAAUACAUUACAGAAUUGGCUAGCAGAAUUUAAUAUGUGGUUACCAUACGAAGAUCCUAAUGCACCAGAUAAAAAUAUUAAAACUUUAAAUGUUAAAUCUGAACCUGGUGUAGAGCUUAAACAAGAAGUUAAGGAUGAAUGUGGAAAUCAGAGUGAUAUAUCAAAUAUAUCGAGGCCUAUUAGUACGGAAUCAGCUCAUCGUUUUGGGCAAGAGAACCCACCACAACCUUUAAAUAUCAUGCCAGAAAAUCCAUACGCUCAUCAAGGGUAUGAAACUCAUAAUAUGAUGCCCAACUAUAUGCAAGACAGUAUGUUAAAUAAAAAUAUGUCAGAUCCCCAAGCACAUAUGAAUGAAAAUUAUCAAACAGACAUUUCACAAAAUACUAUGUACAAUGCAAAUCCUAAUCCAAUGUCUAAUUUUGAUUCAAUGAAACCAGAGGUAAAUUGUCAUACUAUGCAACAAAGACCUAAUAUGCCAGAUACAAAAUUUGGUGUAGAUACUCAAAACUCUGGUAACAUGUAUCCUACUUUAGAAAAUCGGUCGCAACCUCCUAUGUACCCAAACAUGGAAAAUCGAAAUCCUAGUACUUUGUAUCCUGGUUCUGAAAACCAUCACCCUGGAUCAAUGUAUCCAAAUUAUGAUAACUCUACUAAUACUUUUCCUAAUUAUGCAAAUCGGUUAACACAAGAGUCUGACCAAGAAUCAAGGAAGGAAUGUUUCAGAAAUGUUAUGCCUUCUUUAAAUGCAGAAGUUAAUGUAAAAAAAGAACCAGAAGAAAUAAUUAAAAAGGAAGAAGGUACUUGUACAACAAAAGAUGAAAUGAUGAAUGAUGAAAAGAAAGAGGUUGAAAAAGUUAAAACUCCAGAUAAUGUAGAUUCUCCUAUUGGAAUGGAGUUAAGACCAAGACACUUUAAAUUACAUAUUCUAAAUGAUUCUCAUAAAACAAUGACAGCAAGGGCCAAAAUAAUUCAGGAAUGGCAAGUAGGAGGUGGUGUUUUAUUAAUUGGUUAUGAAUUAUAUAGACAGUUAUCUCUAAAAAAGCCAAACAAAGCGAAAAGGAAACGAGGACAACCUUUCAAAGAUACUGUUGACGUAGAAGAAGAAGAUAAGAAUAAAGGAUUAUUAAAUGAGAUGCAUGCAGCUUUAGUUAAUCCUGGACCUGAUUUGGUUAUAUGUGAUGAGGGUCACAGAAUAAAAAAUUCUCAUGCUAGUAUUAGCAUGGCUUUGAAACAAAUGCGCACGAAACGUAGAAUUGUAUUGACCGGUUAUCCAUUGCAAAACAACCUUUUGGAAUACUGGUGUAUGGUUGAUUUUGUGAGACCUAAUUACUUAGGAACUAAAAGUGAGUUCUGUAAUAUGUUUGAAAGACCCAUUCAGAAUGGACAAUGUAUUGACUCAACUUCACAGGAUAUACGGUUGAUGAGAUAUCGUGCACAUGUGCUGCAUGCUUUAUUAGAAGGUUUUGUACAAAGAAGAUCUCAUUCUGUAUUGCAAGUUUCAUUACCACGUAAAGAGGAAUAUAUUCUUCUUGUUCGGAUGACAACACAUCAGCGAAAAUUAUAUGAUACAUUCAUGAAUCAAGUAGUUAAAACACGUGCUGUCCCUAAUCCAUUAAAAGCUUUUGCUGUAUGUUGUAAGAUUUGGAACCAUCCUGAUAUUCUGUAUCAUUUCCUACGUAAGCGUCAAACUAAUGAAGAAGAUGAUUUAGAUUUGGAAGAAACAAUUGGUGAAAAACCCGCUGCUGCUGGGGGAAAACGUUCGAAAGCACGCCAACCAAAGGGAGAAUCUAAAAAGGGAAAAAAAGCAAAUACAACUAUAAAAAAUAAACCUGCAGCUAGUGUUCAACCUAAUGCUUCAUCAUCAUCAUCAAACACUGACAACAUGGAGUCCGAUAAUACUCAUGCUACUUCAAAACAAAGUAAUUAUCCUAAUUAUCCUAUGCCAAUGAAUAACAACCCAGGGUACACAAAUUCAGUACCACAGAGUUCGUAUCCCCACGGUUAUCAAAAUUAUAGACCAAGUGAUCAAAAUUCAUAUUACAAAAAUGACAGCAAUCACGGAGAAUAUAACGAAUUUUACAAUAAUCAAGGAUCACAAAGAUAUGGAAAUCCGUCAUUCCAAACGUAUACACAAACGCCAGGAUACAAUACUUCACAAAACUAUCCAAAUCAAUCGCAAAAUUAUAUACCAAAUAAUGAACAAUCUGCAAAUAAUCAUACUCAGAGGUAUCCAACUGCAUCUUCUAAUUCAGAAUUUCGAACAGAUCAAAAUCAAGGAAAUAAUUAUGAAGUACCUGGGAUGUUUUCACGCCCAUCUUAUCCUUACCAAGAUCAUGGACGUAAUUAUACAUCAAACUUAAAUCAAGGAUCUAAUAAUUAUCCUCAAGUUCCAAAUCAACCUUCUUUCCAAUCUCCAAUGCCAAAUCAAUCUACAAAUAUGCCAAUGCCUGAUUAUUCUCCAUAUACGCCAAAUCAAGGCCAAAAUUAUAAUUCUGCACCAAGUCAAUCAAAUUCAAUGUAUUCACGAAAUGAAAACCAACCAUUACCAAAUUCUGCAAUGGGAUACAGUGCUAAUCAACAAAAUCAAAAUGCAACUUCUCAAACUCCAACAACUGGAUAUCUUCCAAAUCAACAAGGACAGGCAGCAGCACCUGGGCAAAAUCGUGGCUUUUCGCCUAAUCAACAAAAUCAGAAUCUCAAUUUACAAAAUUCUUCUCACACUUACACUGGUCAACAGUCUCAAAGUUUGCCACUACCUAAUCCCCCUCAAAAUUAUUCUACUCAAGUAAAUACUAGUUCUUCAUCGCAAUCAUCUCUUCCUUUCAAUCAACAACCGCCAAACCCAAUGUCUCAAAGUCAGUCUAAUCCUUACAUGGCGAAUUCAUCAAAUCAAAGUUCAAUUCCACAGAAUCAAAUGCGUGGAUAUUCUGCAACACCUCAGAAUCAAAUGAGUGUACCGCCAAAUUCAUCGUCGUAUCCUACCGGACAACCAGCUUCAAAUGCUCCUGCUCAAACACAUGGCUACCCUCAAGAUCAGCAAGGGCCAGUUUCAAAUCCACAAAGUACUAUGCAUGGUUAUUCACAUCUUGUGCCUUCAUCAGGAUCACAAAAUCAGUCUUCGUAUCCACCUAAUGCACAAAAUCAAACAGGACCUCCUCCAGGUCCAAAUCAUGUAUAUGGUUCUACUCAUCAAAGCUCAACACCAAUGCCACAGACUCAGACUCAUAGAUAUGGAACUACUCAGCAGGGACAAGUACCGCAAUCUCAGAAUCAGUCUCUUCAAUAUCCCCAAAGUCAACAAACACCAGCUCCUUCCUUAAAUCAAAAUGAACAGCUUUACUCCAGAUCAGAUGGUCAACAGCAAGGUCAAAAUUAUGCACCAGCACCUAAUACUACCCAUGAAUUUUCAACUGAUCGUCAAGGAGGAAAUUCGUCGUCUAAUCCAACAAAUAAUUAUUCAGUAAACCAAACUCAAUCACAGACUCCUGUUUUAUCGAGUUAUUCAUCAGAUACACAUCAAAAUCAAGUAGGGCAAAUGAAGGGAUCAGAAGAUCCGUAUUGGCAAAGAAAUUAUCCUCAACCAUUUAGAUCUGAUCAGUGUAAUGAUCCGUAUUACCGUGAUGUGAAUCCUAAUGUAAAUAGAUACCAAAAUAAUUAUUUUCCACCUCAAAAUUAUCAGAAUCAAUUUAAUGAUUAUACCAAUAAUCAUAACUCUGAUGUGAAUUCACGUACAGAUAGUUCAAAAUCUCAACAAUCUACCAAUCAUAUUCAAAAUUCAGGACAUUGUGAAAAAAAUAGUAAGGAAAUGACGUCGAGUAUUGGUGUGCAGAGUCAACCAGUACACCAAAGUAAUGUGUCUACAAGUUCAAGUUAUAAUUCUGAUUCAAGCUGCCAAACUACAGUCUCUAGAUCUGUUCAAAGUCUUGGUUCAUCGCAUAGUCCUCGAUUAAAUCAGACUGAUUUAAUUAAAGAAGAUGACAGAGAAAAAGAAGAUUUGUUAGACAAAGAUAAAGAAGAUAAAUCAGAUGAUGAAAUCCUUACGAAAGACGAAGAAAAGGAUUGUAAAAGUUCUCCAACAGGGAAAGAAGAUCCUGGAAUUCCAUACGACUGGGCAACGGAAUUAAUGAAAGGCUACGUGCCGGGAUUAAUUGAUGCAUCCGCAAAAAUGACAAUUUUCUUCUGCAUUUUAGAAGAAGCAAUUAAGCUCGGUGAUCGUGUUUUAGCAUUUUCUCAGUCUCUGUUUACAUUAAAUCUCAUAGAAGAUUUUUUAGCUAGAAAUAGUUUGAAGUAUCCAGAUGGACAAACAGAUGCUUGGAUUAAAAAUGUAAACUAUUAUAGAUUAGAUGGAAGCACUAGCGCUUUAGAAAGAGAAAAGCUUAUAAAUGAAUUUAAUAACAAUCCAAAAAUACAUCUUUUUCUCGUCUCUACGCGUGCUGGUUCGCUAGGUAUUAAUCUAGUUGGUGCGAAUCGUGCCAUUGUCUUUGAUGCUUCUUGGAAUCCUUGUCAUGAUACACAAGCUGUGUGCAGGGUUUACAGAUACGGCCAACAAAAACCCUGUUUCGUUUAUCGUUUAGUUACUGAUAAUUGUUUAGAAAGGAAAAUAUAUGACAGACAAAUCAGUAAGCAAGGAAUGGCUGAUCGAGUAGUUGAUCAGUGUAAUCCGGAUGCUCAUCUUUCUCUAAAAGAUGCGACUACGUUGUCUUGGGAUUGGGAAGAGGAUAGUCAAGUACAAGAUUUUUCCCAAACUAAGGAUAGUUAUUCCGAUGAGGUGAUGCAUCGCGUAUUAGAACGACACUCUUCUUUGCUUACGAAGCAACCGUUUCAUCAUGAAAGUCUUCUCGUGGAUCGUAAAGACAAAAAACUUAGUCAAGCUGAAAAGCGAUUAGCGCGUCGUGGAUAUGAACUUGAAAAAAUGGCUGCCAAUUGUUCGAGACCCAGUUAUAAUUAUGUCCCCGGAAAUACUGCAACGCGGGCAGGAGGACUACAAAUUAGAGCAAUUCGAGGUGGUGAUAGUAGUACUACGUCUAAACCUGUUGCAUCAGUUAGACCAAUGCAACAACGUGGCGCGGAAGGCUUAGGUACGCGUGGCGUCACUGGAAGUCGAUGGAUACCCGCAGAAGUAUGGCAAAGGCAAGGGAUGAGUGCACAGGAGAUGACGUUACCUCUAGAUGUCGUUAUUCCUACUAAUUCACCUGAUAAAGGAAGUAUUGUUCUGAAAGCUGGCCAACGAGUAAUGGUUCUAAAGAGUCCGAAAGGAAUUUAUAUGCAGUUGGAAUCUGGGAAAAUUAUAGCGAUUCGAACGGCUCUUAAAUUAAAUCAACAGAAACGAGAAGAAGAACCGAAAAAGGGUGUAUCAUCAAUGACUCAAAGAAACUCUAAGCCAGAAAUUGGAUUUCCAUUGAGAAAUAAUUCGGCUAUCUCUAUAAUACCGAAAUCGUCCUCAAGUAAUCAAACAAGUGGUCGUACGAUUACUAAACCUGGAAGUGGUCCUAAUUAUAGACCGUUUGCAGACAAAGAAAUCUCUAAAAGACCAAAACCCGUUGCAACUGCAACCGCUAAGCCUUAUUUGAGUCAAGUUAAUUUAACGAAUCAAGUAUCUCUCUCGAGGUUACCGAAAGUAAAGCAGGAACCUGUGGAUCAUUCAACGCUUGGAGAAAAUUCGAAUUCGUCGGAUGGUCAAGUUAGAACUGAACAAAGAGUUGAAGAAGUUCGAUUAGAGGAUGUUGUUGCGGAAGUAAGUUCAAAUACUGAGUAUAGUCCUUCUAAUCACAAUAGGGUAUCCAACUCCGAUACCGAUAACUCUCUACAGAAAUCUUCCGAAGAAAGUGGUCAAGUAUAUGUAUCAGAUACUGGUAUUGCACAAGGUGUUCAAACACAACAUGAUCAUACAGAAACGGAGUUGACAUCGAACCUUAAUAAACAAUGUUCUCCUUCACUUGAAAAACAAGUUACAAAAGCAAAUGAUAGAUUAACAAAUUAUAGCCAUGCUUUUCAAACUCAACAAGACAAUAGGGAUUCUCCCAGUGAUGAAAUUAUAAUUGAAGAUUCGCCACAGGUACAGCCUCAAAUGCAGUCACAAGUACAUUCUCAAAUGCCUCCGCAAAUGACAUCGCAGAUAACGCCGCAAGUACCACCACAGAUUACACCUCAAGUAUCUCAAGCAACGUCGCAAGUGCAACCACAAAUAUCACCUCAAGUACCUCCACAAGUACCACCGCAAGUACAACCACAAAUACCAUCUCAAGUACCUCCGCAAAUAUCACCACAGGUACAACCGCAAAUACCUCCGCAAAUACCACCGCAAAUACCACCGCAGAUACCUCCACAGGUACCACCGCAGGUACCAUCACAAGUACCGCCACAGGUAUCGUCACAAGUACCUUCACAGGUGCCGCCACAAGUACUACCACAGGUUCCGCCACAGGUACCGCCACAAGUACCGCCACAGGUACCAUCGUCGAUAGCGUCACAGGUAUCUCCACAGGUACCUCCACAGGUGCCUCCACAGGUACCAUCUCAAAUGUCGUCACAAGUUGGUACGCAAGCAACAUGUGCGCCAUUGACGCCGUUGUUAACACAACAACCUGCAGCAUCAACGAUGCACGUACCACCAACACCUACGUUGCGAGGUACAGAAGUUUCUAAAGGAAUAACAGAUUCGACCAUUGGUUCUUCUGUUACAUCUAUAUGUACGGGAACAAAUACAAUGACAUCUCCCAAAAUGGCAGAGUCAACUAUGCGCGAGACAACGCCUAUGCAAGGAGAACCCAAUGUUCCGCAAGGAUAUCCUUAUGCACAAUAUCCUCGGUACUAUGAUUACAGCGAUCCUAGAUCGCGGUCGAUAUCUUCCCCUUAUGGCACUUAUUUCCCUGGCGUUCCUCCUCAUACAACAAAUCCUAGAUUGCCGAUGGACACUGCCAAAACGCAGUCAGACUUGGGAAAAUCAAUGGAAGAUAGGACGAUGAUGAAUGUACCUCCAACAUAUUCACAAGUACCUAAUACUACUGCCAAAACGUUAGCAAAUACAGCAGAAACUAAAGGUGCAGAAACAGUGGUAACAACAACAGUGGCUACUACUACUAAUAGGGAUGACACUCACAUACCUACCGCAUUCAGUCAUCCUACGAGUAGCCGGUAUCCUGGACCUUAUCCACCAGGACCGUACGAUCCAUAUUCACAACAUUAUCCUUCAGCACCAGGUUCUUCAGCAGCUUAUCCGCCAAGUGGUGCACCUGGAUAUCCAGCAUACGGCGGUCCGACUUACAAUACAGAUUAUGCUCGCAUGUACUCAGCAUUUCAUGGUCCGCCGCCACCGGCAGAUCCUUACAUACAUAGAGGUUAUGCACCUCCUUCUUCACAUCCGCCUAAUUACUAUCCUCCAUUCCCUCAUCCACCGCCACCUUAUCCCAAUUAUUCGUUUUUGUCGCCAUAUCCAAACCCUAAUAUGCCUAGCGAGCCGCAACCACCUGCUCAGUAGGAAAGUCACGUGGUAUUUUGAUGAACAAUUAGUAUAUAAUAAUUUCGUAAAAUGUCGCAUAUUGCGAAAGUUUGAAGGCUGUCGCGGUUCAGAAGCUUAAUAGACUGAAGCUGUAAAACGCAUUGAUGUAAAUAUUUAGUCACAAGUAUUGUAUUAAGGUAAUCAAAUUGACGUAAGUAGGUACCCUUAUGAGGUACCGGUUUUAUGUCGAGGGAAAUAAGACGAAGGUCCCUAUUAACUUUGAACUGUGCAAUUUGUUAAAAUGUUCAAAAUAUUUAACCUGAAAUGCCAUGCCGUUUUACGAUGCAUCUAUUCGACUAAUUAAUACGUCAGUAUUUAGAAGGUCGCAAGUAUUUUCUCAGCUCGAUAUUCUAUGGUUUCAUAGACGUGUUGAUAUUUCUUACACUUUUUGGACUUAUUGAUUGUUUUAAUAUACAGACUCAAUAUAUGGUUUAUAUAUGGACUCAUUAUAUAUGCUAUAUAUGCUCUAUAUAUAUAGAGUGUCUCAUUGAAACAUAAGUAUAAAAUUAAUGAAUAUUUUUAAUAUAUGAAUAUAUUAUUGUUCGUAAUUUUUAAUUUUGAAAAUUGCGAAGAUUGAUUAUUAAACGGAAAUGAUACCAGGAAUGUCGACUAUGAAAAAUGUUUGUACCUUCUAGACAGACGAUAACGUGAAAAAGGAAGGAAUGCUGUACACUAUCGUUUAGCUUUGUGCAUAAAUGCUACACUGAUCACUUUUAUAUAUACAAUAAGGAACGAAUGGAAAAAAAUGAUUCAGAUUAAAUGCAGUACACAGAAAACUAUGGAGAUCAAAGUAAAAGGAGAAACACAUUGUUCAUAAAAUUUUAUACAUCAGCAUUCCAUCUUCGAUUUUAUAUAUACUUAAAAUAGAAGUAUACAUUGCAUUAAAGUCAACAGAUUCUUCCUUCUAAGUUAAUGUAUGAAGAGUGAUGGAUAUUUAUCAAUUAUUUCUACAUGAUAUUACAUAAAAUGCUUAAGAAGUUACCGAUAUUUUGAGGACAGUAGCGUAUUAUAUAUAGCUAUAGAAGUUAAUACAUUUAAUGUUUUAAUUGACUAUUAUGUAUACUCUCACGAAGAGGACAUUUCUUGUGUAAUGUGUUCUCACAUUAUUCAUCACUCUUCCAUAAAAAUAAAUUUCAGAUUGCGCAUCGUUAUUUCGGUUCACAUAGCUAAUAAUCUUGAAACAGUGGAAUUAGGCUUCAUUUACACAAUAUGCUCUGAAUCUAUGUGUCACCUCUGACUUUUUACAUACAUUAUACUUACAGUAUUCACAUGGAACAUUUAGCAGCCAGUAUACAGUUUACAGCAUCCUUAGCAAAUUGUAUAUGGACUAUGUAUUACUACUAAACGUUACGGUUUCUGAAAUAGAUAAUCUCAUAGUAGCAUGUAGGGUUGUUGUUAACUAGGAUGUCUUGCAGUUCAUGACUGUCUUGAAACAUAGAUGAAAAAAAGAAGGAGGAAAAGGGAGAGCCAUGAUUUUCAGAAGCGACUUUUCAAACUCGGAACUGUGAUAUUUUGUCAUAUAUUCUCGUGUGACAUUUUUGCUUGUAUAUUUUUAUUUGGACACAAAGUUUGACUUUGAUCCGCGCGUGAAACUAUAGAAGCGAGAAGUUAUAAUUACGGUUGUUAGUGUACUGGAUCGGAAUUGUGCAUUUAUGUUAACGUAAGUUAAUCGGGAGUCCGGGCACGAGAUUUUUAAUCGAUUUUCCAAGUGGGAUGUAGAGCCGCAUAAGUGUUUAUCAUGGUGCUCCCUCUGAACAUUAUAGACGAAUUAUUAUAAAAAAUAAGCAUUCAUGCUGAAUACUAUUAGUAUGUAUUUCCCAACGAAUCUGUCACGUGUUUGCUAUAUUGGAAAGAUUAGAAGCAUCUUACAUGUUGAUACGUCUUAUGGUUGCACGUUCUCUAGGUUCUAAGUGUACAGGUAUAUACAUGGCGCGAUAUUAACGUAAGGUGCGUGUCUUGCGAACAAGCGACAGAAUCUAUUGUAAAAUACAUACGAGAUUAUAUUUACGGAAGAUGAAAACAAUUAUUUUGUCUCUGUUAUAGCUUUUUUGCCAUUUACAUACUUGUAAAUACCCAUUAUUUACAUUUCAUACUUUAUUUAUUACUAUAUAUUAUCCAUUAUUAUCGCUUUUUUUGAUGUCAGAGUAUUGCUCUUAUGUAAAAUAAAUUGUUUACACUGAUCAAGAGAUUGUUUUUGAUUGUAGCAUUGUUAUACAGAAAGAUUGAUGCAUAUAUAUAUAUAUAUAUAUAUACAUAUAUAUAAUUGUUUGUAAUAAUGUUUACCCUUACGUCUGACCAACCAUUUGACUUGAAAUUAACACAUGGUGCAUGUAAAUGCGUAGAUAUAAGAAUCUAUUACUUAUAUGUGAAAUGAUAAGAUUGUAAUUAAGAAAAGAAUCUACCCGUAAGAACUUUUAAUAUCCCUGUGGUAGCACGAAUGAAACAUUCUUGAUUACACAAUUUCCUCUAUGCACAUUACGUGACUUAAUGUGUUAUCCGGAAGCUGGUUUUAUUGAAAAGUUACAAUUGAUAUAAAAAAGUUUGUAGGAGAAAGAAAUAUCAGAUACAUCUCUGCUUUUUUUGUAUAUCAUUUUUUUUUAAUUGUAAUUUUUCUAUAAACCAUGCUACGGUGCUCCACGAAAAUAAAAUCAUUCGAAAUUAAGAUAAAAACAAUUCUUUUCUUUUUGUAAUAUAUAAGUUGGUUUGGUGAUACUUCACUAAUUUAAUAAAAAAACCUGAGAAACUUAUAACUAUGUGUAAUAUGCGUCACAUUUUGUAUUUUUUAUUUUUCUUUUUAACUAGGAGUUUU